AUGGCUUCCACUCAACAGAUCCACGACCUGUACGACUCGGUCCUCAUCCUCGAUUUCGGCUCGCAAUACUCCCACUUGAUCACCCGACGAUGCCGUGAACUCGGAGUUUACUGUGAGAUGCAACCUUGUACUACCAAGAUGAAGGAUCUCGGUUGGAAGCCCAAGGGUAUCAUCCUCUCCGGAUCCCCUUACUCGGUAUACGAUGAAGACGCUCCCCGGGUCGACCCUGCCGUGUUCGAUUUCGGCGUACCCGUCUUUGGAAUCUGUUACGGUCUCCAGGAGAUCGCCCAGCUCAACGGAGGCAAGGUCGGAGCUCACACUCACCGAGAGUACGGGUUCGCCCGAGUGACCGUCAAGAAGACUGGACAUGAGAUGGCCGAUAGGUUGUUUGACGGUUUGGAGUGCGAGGACGAGGGCGGUAUGCAGGUCUGGAUGUCUCACGGAGACCAGCUCCAAUCCCUCCCCGAAGACUUUAUCCAGAUCGCCCAUACCCCCACCUCGCCCUGGACCGCCAUCGCCCACAAGUCGAAACCCAUCUUUGGCGUGCAAUUCCACCCCGAAGUCUCCCACUCCACUAGGGGAAAGGAAGUCAUCGGCAGUUUCGUCAAGAACGUCUGUGGGAUCAAGGGAGGAUGGAGCAUGGAUUCUUUUAUCCCGAGGGAGAUUGCUAGGAUCAGGGAGAUUUGUGGAGAAAAGGGACAGGUCAUCGGGGCUGUUAGUGGAGGGGUGGAUUCGACCGUCGCUGCCAAGUUGAUGCACGAGGCUAUUGGUGACCGAUUCCACGCCAUCAUGGUCGACAACGGUGUCUUGCGUCAAAACGAAGGAGCUCAGGUUCACAAGAUGCUUUCCGAAGACCUCGGAGUCAACCUCACCGUCAUCGACGCUUCCGACCUCUUCCUCGGCCGACUCAAGGGAGUCCUCGACCCGGAGCAAAAGCGAAAGAUCAUCGGAAACACCUUUAUCGAGGUCUUCGAGGCCGAGGCUGCCAAGAUCGAGGCUGCGGCCGAGAAGGAGUUGCAGGAAAAGGGAGGCGAGGCCAAGGGCAAGAUCGAGUGGUUGUUGCAGGGGACCCUUUACCCGGACGUCAUCGAGAGCAUCAGUUUCAAGGGACCUAGUGCGACCAUCAAGACGCAUCACAACGUCGGAGGGUUGUUGGCCAAUAUGAAGCUCAAGCUGAUCGAGCCUUUGCGAGAGUUGUUCAAGGACGAGGUCCGAGCUCUCGGUCGACUGCUCGACAUUCCCGCCCACCUCGUCGGCCGUCACCCCUUCCCCGGCCCUGGUCUUGCCAUCCGAAUCCUCGGCGAAGUCACCAGGGAACAGGUCGCCAUCCUCCAAGCCGCCGACGUCAUCUACAUUGAAGAGAUCAGGAAGGCCGGGUUGUACGACAACAUCUCUCAGGCGUUUGUCGCGCUCUUGCCUAUCCAGGCUGUCGGAGUGCAGGGUGACAAGAGGACGUAUGACCAGGUCGUCGCGCUCCGUGCUGUCCAGACCGAGGACUUUAUGACGGCCGAUUGGUUCGUCUUCCCUCCCGAGGUUAUGCGACGGAUAUCAUCCAGGAUCACCAACGAGGUCAAUGGAGUCAACCGGGUCGUUUACGACGUUACCAGCAAGCCUCCAGGAACCGUCGAGUGGUUGUAAGCGCAAGAAGGGAAUGGGUAGGAGGAGCUAUUUUUUUUGGGAGUCUCGACUUUUGUAAAUGCUGAUUGAUUGAUAGAUUUGACUGGGAUCUUUUGACGAGUUUAUGACUGAGGCUUUUCAACAUAUGACACUACGCCUACUGGCCUUGGCCAGGAGGCUGUGAUGUUCGCCAAUGAUCAACGUCUGCCCUUGCGAUUCUAAUUUGUGGUUGCGGUACCGGCUUCACGAUAUAUCGACCUAUACAAGGGCACACAACUCCUUCUCUCUGUCUCGAACAUACCCCCAAAUGAUCGCUUGCCCGCAUCCUUUCCUCCGCUUCCUCACUUUUUGGUGGAGGGGCUGUUGGCCGAGACGGUGAUGUCUAGCGUGACGUGCGCCUGCUCCGGUGCAAAGUUCAAGAACACCUGUCCGAGCGUUCCAAAGACCUUGGCAGCGUCUCCCUCGAGCUUG